AUGMCACAGAAAGUAUUCAGCGACAACGCAACCAACUUUGUCGGCGCCGACCGCAAGCUGCGCGAGCUGAAGGAGGCGUUCCUAUCUCAAGCCCCAGAACUAAUGAUGUUCGCAGCCGAAGAAGGAUUCAGCUUCGGCCUUAUACCACCCAGGGCGCCGCACUUCGGCGGAUUAUGGGAGGCGGCCGUGAAGUCCGCCAAGCAUCUGAUCGUUCGCGCACUCGACAACGCUCUACUCACGACGGAGGAGCUCUCAACACUGGCCGAAGUGAAGGCCAUCUUGAAUUCUCGUCCCCUAGCACCAUUGGGACAGGACCCCAAUGACGGAGAAGCACUAACUCCAGCGCAUCUUCUAAUCGGUUGCCCUCUGCGAGCACUGCCACCAGCACAAGUGCCAACGGACCCAAUUCGUUGCUGCGAGAGAUGGCAACUUGUUUUCUGUCUCAAGCAACUGUUUUGGCGACAGUGGUCCAAAACCUACAUGACGGGGCUUCAGGAACGCAACAAAUGGCUGCACCCCGAACGCAACCUGCGGCCAGACGAUCUCGUCCUCGUUCACGAAGACAACGUGCCGCCGCAGCAGUAG